AUGUGUGGAGCCGCACUGAACCAGGAUGCUCAUUUCCACACAAGACACAACCACAAACAUUCACAUGCAAGCGUACAAUAUGGUUCCAAUGAACCUCCCCAUGGAACUGUGACUGUGCAUCUCGGCAAUCAAUGCAUGUUCGGUCAGUCCAACUGGCUUUCCAAGGACACACACGAUCUGGCUUGGGUUAAGCGACGAUAG